GUUUCUGCUUCUCUUCUUCUUCCCCGACAAGCCCCCCGAGCUGCCGAUAGUUCCCCUUGAGAAACUUGGCAAAAGCUCGCUAUUUUUCUCUUAUUUUCUUGUUAAAGAACUGAUUUUAGGAUGUAGAACACUCUCCUAAACCCAGAAUUUUCCAGAUCUGCGUUGCUCUGCGUCUUCCUCCCCUGCUGUCCGCGAGUUUCUGCUGUGUGGGGUGCGAUUUCUGGACUUUUUCGGGUAAGGAAACAGCCAUGAAUUCCUCUUUUCAUCCUUAAAUUGGCUGGGGUUCACUUUAAUUUCCUUUGUUUCCUUCAAUUGCCGGUAGUUCUUCUCCAAAAACCCACCGGUUUCCUCACCCAUCAACUCCGGUUCUGCUGUUGCCGGAAAUUUCUGGAAGUGAAAUCGAGGAUGGGGAAACCAAGGGGAGUGACGAGGUAGAAGGCUAGCCAUUCUAAUUGGAUAUAAGUUUUAGAUUUUAUCAUCCUUUGUAAGGUAGAUUUUAUUCUUGAGAUGUGAUUUGAAUAAGUUCUGAGUUUUGUGUACUUGUGGGACCUGUCUUACGAGUGCACGGCGUCUGUCACGUCGUCGGAUUUAGGUUCUGAGGCGUGACAUUAAAUGUUUAAGUAGGAAAGAUUAUAACAUCUUGAAUUUUACUUUAAUGAAAAAGUGUGAUUUUAAUAUACAAAUAAUUAUUUUCAAUAAAUGUAAAUCUUUACCAUUAAAAAUGAAAAGAUGAAUGAUUGAGAUUUUAUAACACGCCUCAAAACCCGAAUCCAAGGACGUGGCAGAUGUAGUACACUUGUGAAAGGGUCCCAUAAAUACACAAGGCUCAAAACUUAUCAUGACACAAUCUGAUACCAUCAAAAUCUGAAGAUCAAAUUUUAUAAUUUGCUCUAAUAUCAUAAAUCUCCAAUAAAGUCUAGUUUACAAUAUCAUGAUUUAUAUCGAAAUCUAUGCUCAAUUUACAAGAUGGCUAGCCUUUUAGCUCAUCACUCAUCUCGUUUUUUCCCGCCUUUGACUUCGUUUCCUGAAAUGGUGGACAAGGAAAAACUAUGAGAUAACUCAAUAAGUAAAUAUAAAUGGCCCUUAAUUAAACUUAUAGCAUGUCAACAAGUAUAAUCACGAAAAACAAGUACGAGUACGGAAACAAAAUAGAUAUCUCUUCUAUAGGUCAUGGCCAGUGUUAUAAACCUCCCAUUGACAAGCACACAAUUUACUAGUAUAUAAUCCCACUAGCACGAUAACAAAAACGAACCGGUUCUAUCCGUAACAUGUUGACAUGUGUUAGCAUUUAUAAACCUCCCACUAGCGGGUACACGAAUAACAUGAUCAUAUCGGAGACAAAACAAGCAGAAU